UUUGUCGUUGACUGAAGAUAAAAAAGACGUGAUCAGUCUCGUUACAUUUGUAAUUAUUACCUGAACUAUACAAAUUGCAAUCAUUGCACUUCGCUAUAUCUGACACUCGCAACAAUUCACAAAAACGCUAUGUGUGUACAUUAUGUACAUUUGUAGUUGCUGUUUAAAAAUAAAUAAAUAUAUGACAGUAAAAUAAAAGACUAAUAAAUAAAUCAAUAUUAAUAAAUAAUGCGAUCACAAGUAGAAUCCGGAGCUGAAUUGCUCACGAGGCUGAAUAGUAAAUCGAGUUUAUACGGACUUGACAGCACGUUAUUCUUUGAUGGACUCCGAAAUACGGAUAUCGUAGAAAUUAAUGGAGAACAAUCAACUGGAAAAACUCUUUUUCUUUCUAAUAUACUUGCAAAAUGUAUUUUGCCAAAUGUUCUGCAAAUCAAAGGUUGCAACGCUUCAGCUAUUUUGAUAAAUACGGAUCAUCAUUUUCAAAUUUCAAAAUUGGUCGAAGUAAUGAGUAAUAUAAUAAAUGGUGGUCAUACCGUGUCGUUCGCGUCAAAAACGGCUGAAACAAGUUUUGAUAAGACAGCUAUUAUACAAGAUUCUUUAUGUAAUUUGCGCAUCAUUGAUUGUUACAAUAGCGAACAAUUUUCUUUAACAUUACACACGUUAGAAGAUGUAUUCCUUAGUAAUGCUGGAAUUGCUCUUUUAGCCAUUGACAGUAUAUCAGCAUAUUAUUGGCAAGAUUGCGGAAUUAAUACUAUCGCUACAAUUGAUUCUCAUAAUAAGUUUACACAGAAUGCACGAUCCAGGCAAAUUUAUGUGCACAUCGGAAACAGUACAAACGGUUAAAAAAAUAUAUUAUUCAAUUUUAUCACACGGUAUCGAAUGGAAAAUGAAUAAAAACUCCUAAAUGAAUAGAAACUUGUAUUACGU